CGGGGUUUCCUUGGGGUUUGGGGGCGCGCGCGCACACACACACACACCCUCACUCAGAGGGUGAAGUCCAGACGGAGCUCUGCAGGACUCGGUUGCUGUGAUUGGCUGGAAGGUGGAAGAUGAUGUCAGUGGACAAAGAGGUCGUCCUCGCCCAUGAGGCACCCAUCAAAGUCAGCCCGGCCUUCUCUGCUGCCAUUGACCUAUCAGAGCAGCCACAGCUGGCUAAGCCCCUCCCCCUCAUCCGGGCUAAAAAUGGCCUCCAGGCACCUGAUGACAGCCAGCCAGCCCUCCCUCCUCCUCCGCCGCCUCCUCCUUCAACCACUCAGCGAAUGGGGAAGAGGCGUUACUCCAUGGGCACUGGCUUCAAGGGGCUGGCCAAGCGCCGACGCCGGAUCAAUAGUGACAGCCAAUCAGAUCCCGUGCUGCCAAGUCACUUCCUUUUGGGCGGAAACAUCUUUGACCCACUGAACCUGAACUCGCUGUUGGACGAAGACGUGAACAGAGCAACCAAUCAGGAGACGCCAAAAUGCUCGCCCUUACCAUCACGAGGCGAAGACCCCGUAGAGAUCCUGGUCCCGCGUGACAUCACUGACCCUCUGAACCUGAAGGGAGGGGGAGGAGACGGGGAGCAUGGAAGAGGAGUCCUGCUGUCCCCUCUGAAGUCCAAGAGGAGGCACAGGAACAGACACCACAGAGGAGGAGGAGGAGAUGGAGAAGGAGAGAAGGAGGUGGCAGCAGCUCCACUGUUUCCUCCCACAGGUGGAUUCACAGUACCGUUGUUGACCAGAGAAGGCAGCGUUCCUCCAUCUCCUCUCCCAUGUGAGCUCAACACGGCCAUCACCUGUCGAGACGACGUGGCCCCGUACCCCAUACUGCCCAGGAGACACACCCACCCUCCACCAGGCCCCACCCACAAACCUGGGACCCAGGGCGAUGGGCGGCAACGGAGGCGGCGACGCACCACCUCGAUGAGGUCAGCAGACGAUGCUGGAAAUGCCAUCGUCACAGCAACCACGUCUCAGCCAACCAAAUUCCAGACACCGCUGGUGGGAGGGGCUAAAGCCGGCAGGUGUGGAGGUCUUCAGAUCGGUGCCGCUCACCCCCGAGAGAAGAAGAAGAAGGACAAACACCGCUACCAGUAUGGCAACCACAGCUGUUACUAUGGCUACCACGGUUUCUAUGGAGAUAAGUGGGAGGGGCGAGUCGGGGCAGAGGAAGAUCCACGGCUCCGCCUCCUGGAAGCCGAUUGGUUCAGAGACAAGACUGUUCUGGAUGUGGGCUGUGGCACUGGUCACAUGACACUGGCUGUCGCCCGGAGGUUCAACCCCACCCACAUCCUGGGGGUGGAGCUAGACAAGCAACUGGUGCAGGCUGCCAAGCAGAACAUCAGACACUUCCUGUCACAUGAACUGGUGGUGGAGGAGAGAGGGAAGAGGGGAGAAAUGGCAGCUCCGCCUCCUCCUCUUCCUCCCCAGCAGGAAGUGAAGGAGGAGCAGGCGGAGGUGAUGGAGGAGUUCCAGAAGGCGCUCUCUCUCCUCUCCUUCCCCCUGUCUUUCAGGGUGAGUCGGGGUCCUCUCGCAGCUCCUCCCCUUCUCCUCCCUCAGUCUUCCUCCUCCUCCAGGUUCCCCAACAAUGUCACCUUCAUCCAGGGCGACUAUGUUGCAGAGCGGGAAGCUUGGCCUGGGCGGGGCCAGUAUGAUGUCAUUAUGUGUCUCAAUGUAACCAAGUGGGUGCAGCUGCAGUCAGGUGACGCGGGUGUGGUCAGACUGUUCAAACGGGCCUAUCAGAGUCUGUCGCCGGGCGGAUUAUUCAUCCUGGAGCCACAGCCGUGGAGCAGCUACAGCCACAGCAAAAGAGCUUCGAAAACCACGUUCAGUCACCACAGGAGUUUGAGGCUCAGACCUGAACAGUUCACCUCCUACCUGACUGACAGUGUUGGCUUCAGCUCCUACAGACUCAUCACACACACAGGUAACCAGCGGCCGAUCUACCUGUUCCAUAAAGGCUCCACCCUAAAAAAAUGACCUCACACCUGCUUCAUUUUUUUUGUUUCUAUGGAAGUGGCUUUAAAACUGUGACUGAACAAGCUGAUUGGAUGGGUUUUUAUGAUGUCACACAGCAGAGGAACAAAAACUGGAAGCUGAUUGGACAGCAGGACUGCUCUUGUGGACAUGAUUGGUUGAUGAUAGGUAUCAAUAUCCACCUGAACAAGUCACAUGAUGUUUCCGACUAAUGACAUUUACCCACACAGAAGGAGGAAGUGAUGUCACGUUUCUGAUGUGGGGAUUAAACUGGUUAUUGAUCAGAUCGAUCGGAGUGUUCACAGACUGUUAAGGUGAUUAAAACACGAUGGAAAAACUGCAUUUCUAUUGGUCACUUGUUACAGGAAGUGACCUGUCUUUUCAAAAUAUAAUUUUCUUCUCACUUUGUUUCCUUUUCAAAAUAA